GAUGUGUCGUUCCGGGAAAGGGAAGAGUUUGCUCGAUACAAUUUAAGUUAAGAGGACAAAGAGGAGGAAAACACACUCUUGACUGAGGUCCGACAGCUGCUCAACCGGUACGAGACUGACGGCAGGUAUGCACUGAAACAUGCGUGUUGAUGGUCAUAUUGAACACCGGUGAUAUUCUCGUCUGAAUGACUAAAUCAGUGUAUUGUACACUGCGGUGUAAUAGUUGAAAGCUGACUUCCCUAGAAACGAAAAGGCAGGCUGUAAAUUUUACAGCGGUUUCCUAUUUACGGCGAAAGCUUGAUGCUGUUCACUUCACAGUUUUCGCAGUGCUUCUGAGCUCUGUAGAUUCGGGGCGGCAGUAACAAUGAGCGAUUCAAAAAUACUCAUCUAAAACCUCGGCUCCGCUUCUUAGAGUCUGGCGUAAGAAGAAAAUGCACUGAUGACUGGAUCCCGUCCGAAUUCCUGUCGAAUAAUGAUCAGAGAAAUAUUCAUAGUGCGCCAUCCUGUCUCCGUGUGUGUACCUGCGAACCACAAGGUGACCCUGAGUGUCCGUGCUGAGGGCACAGGUACCCUCAACUACCAGUGGUUCACUGAUGAUGAAAAGGAGGUGUCUGGAGGUACUCAAGCAGACCUGACCAUCAAAGCCAAAAAAACACAGCUCUAUGUGUGCCGAGUGCACGACCACUUUUGUAACUGCGUGUUCAGUGACUGGGUGAAAGUGAAAGUGUUGGACAUUGAUAAAUCGGGUUUACCGGUACACUGGCAGGGUGAGCCGCACAUUGCUGUCAACCCUAAGCCCCAGACAGUCCGACAGGGUAGAAAACUCACUCUCUGUUGCGCUGCCUUUGGCAUCCCCACUCCAUACUAUCAGUGGUACAGAAAUGGACAGCCCUUGGUAGACAUGACUGGUGACACACUGCAGAUUGACUGUGCGACAGCUGAACAUGGAGGAUCAUACCUGUGCUCGAUAUCUAACGUGCUGGAAGAGAGAUGGACUGAACCAGUUGAUGUUGACAUUGUGCAAACCGAUCAGCUUCCUCCAGCAGAACCAAUAGCCACAGAUAAAGUUGCCCUACUUAUUGGCAACCUAAAUUACUCCAACCACCCCGGCUUGAUGGCCCCCAUUAUGGAUGUUCAUGAGCUGGCCAACCUCCUGCAGCAGCUUGGCUUCAGAGUGCUUUCCCUGCUGGACCUCACGAGGGAGGAGAUGAUGGCUGCCAUUGAAAAGUUCAUUCAGCUCCUUGACAGAGGAGUUUAUGGCCUUUUCUACUAUGCAGGUCAUGGGUAUGAGUGCGCUGGGAAGAAUUACUUGGUAGCUGUUGAUGCUCCACAACCAUACCAACCUCAAAACUGUGUCUGUGUGCAGAGGGUUAUGCACAGCAUGCAGCAAAGACGGACUGCACUGAGUGUGAUCCUACUGGAUACCUGUAGAAAAUGGUACAACCAGGAUUGCAUACCUUCGGCCAUCAUGCCAUUGAAACCCAGUGGGAAUACUGUUUAUGGUUAUGCCACAUGUGAAGAUGCUGAGGCUUUUGAGGUCCAGGAUGGAGGGAAAAGUACUGGAAUCUUCACCAAUUACUUGAACAAGCACAUCCUUCAGUCCAAGAAGGUCACACAUGUCUUAGAGAAGGUGUCUGAGGAUCUAGGCAAAGACCCUUUAGUUAAAGGCAAGCAGGCAGUGGAGAUUAAACACACCCUGAAGGAACCUCGAUCUCUUGCAGACCCAGUUCGGUCCACUGGCCACACAAGGGAACUACACCUGCGAGAUGCCUGCUGGAGACAAGCAAAUGAGCUACCACGGAAGAAGCGGCUGAUGUUUCUUUGCGGAGUAGAGGUGGAAGUCAGCUUCUCAGCUUUGUUCUCUAAUGUUUUGGUGGCUUUUGCCACUGUAAAGACUACAGGCCCCCGAACCCAGGACUGCACUGUCGCUCUGAGCAGCAUACCUCCAAUGGAAGACAUGUUUUCCGGCCCUGGCAGGUCAGAGGAGAUGGACUCUCUACUAUUUAAGAACUCUGAUAACCCAGACUGCACUCUGAGGCUUUGCGCUCUUCAGAGGCUUAAGGAAUCGCUGGUCAUCAGGGUGGAUCUACACUAUACUCACACAGACAGUAAGCUGCGCCAGACAGAGAGCCAACAUGUGGACACAGGAAAACCUCUGGUGGCAUCCUGUAAAUUGUACAGGAGGAGGAAUCAUGCAGCAACAGACAAAAAAAACGAAGGUGCUUCCGCUCAUAGUACGGGCGACAUUUCAAGCGGCAAACCACUGCUGCAUCAGACUCUGGCUGGUCCAUGUCGCCCUUUUACCAGAAAGGCAGAGUGUGCGGCUAAAGUUGCAGUUACAAGGAGCAAUGAACCUGAAGAGAAUGAUGAGAAUGAACUGCGAGACUUCACUCUUCGACAAUAGACCUUUCUGGCUCUAUUAUUGUAAAUACUUACCACUUUGAGAUUUUGACGUUUUUUCCUAACGUGAUUAGCAAUUACUCAGUUGCCGAUCAUGUAUCUUACUUUCUGUGGUCGACGAUGAUGAUGAUGAUGAUGAUGAUGAUGAAUGAGUGAGUGAAUGACUGAGAUGUGUUUAGUUUGUCUUAGCCUUCAAUUCUUAGCUCAACACUUGAAAAAAACAUUAACACUUAGUAUUGCUAACCACUGAUUUCAUCAUAAACUGUAUAGUACUUAAAAUAUUAUUUGCAUAUGACACUUAUUCAUCAGUGGCAAGCUGGCUAGCCUAAUUUAUCAAAUAAAGAUCAUUGCUGUCAAUAAUUUAUCUAAUAAAUACUACCACUUUAAUCACUAUCUUGAUUGUCAAUCUUUUGAAACACGCCUGUUAUUAAAUGUC